GAUAUCACCAUGGCUUCUCUUUGGAGCUCGCUGGAAAAAGAUGUGUUCAACCCGCAGAAGAAGAGGCUGCUGGAAACCAUUCGUGUCUGGAAGACAGGGAAGAAGAAGAAGAUGUCCAUUCUCUGUGUUGUGGGUGAGAACCCCGGGGGACCGGGAGACAGGUUGAGUUGCAAACCCAGGGAGGUUUCUCGCAGCCCUAGUCAGAGAGUUUGGCCUCUGAUGGCUCUUUUUCUAAUUUGGGAGAAGAGGUAUGACCACUACUUGGAGUGCUGUAUUUUAAGAUUAAAUGAAGCAAAUCGUAAUCCAAAGACAGGACCUGUGCCAUGUCAGUAUAGUUUGUCAAGAACUGGCAGCAAAAGCACAAAUUCCUUCUCGAGUGUCGGAUGGUCUUUAGCUGGCUGGAGAGAGCUGGGGUCUGCCGGAUUGCUCCCUCCACCAAUUGGACACCUUUAGGCCAAUGCAGCCGUUUCUGGUGAAGGUCAAGGUAGACCGAGGAGAGCAGUACAAGAUAGCCUACAGGUGGCCCUUAGCAGAGCUGAAGCUGGUAGAUGGCAAGACUCUCAAUCAGGGGCUUUGGCAAGGUGCCUGGGUGCUCACAAGCAUAGAAAUAAAUGAGGAAAAGAACAGCUUUCCAGUUCUACAUCCAGGACAAAUAAAGUACAUCUGCACAGCACGUCUGAAAGGAAAACCAUAUUUGCAGGCAAGCCUGGAUUUUGAUCUGCAGUUCGAUAAGGUUUACAAGUGGACCGCUAGCAGCUUUGACGAGAAGAAAACCUUUAUCAGAUGCUUGUGGAAGCUGAACCACAGAUUCCUCGCCAGCUCUGUCACCUUUGUGAAUGUCCCCUCUUGUGCAGCCGAAGCAGGGAGACAAAGGUCCCAAGAAGACAGGAAGGACACUGAGGAGACUGAGAGCCAGGAGGAGCUCAGCGCCUACCAGGAGAUGACACCGAAGGAAGCUGCCGACGUGUUGAAGCUGAUGGAGGAGUACGAGCCCCUUGUGAACAACUCGGUGGCCUUUGCAGAGCAGCUAAGCAACGAUCUCCAGGUGCUGGAUGAGGCCAACCUUAGAGCCAUUAUCUCUUCUGAGAAGCGGGUGACACAGCUGAUGAGCUCCAUUGACGAGGCCCUGGCAGAGGUGGCCAGAGUGGAGGAGACCUUGCAGAUCUAUGAUGAGUUAUUGGGAAGCGUGAAGCAGGAGAUGGACCACAUCUACCAGGAAAACUCCUUGCUGCAUCGCAUCAAUUCCAACAAGACAAGGCUGAUGGAUGAGAUCCUCUUCCUCACGACCCACCUCAACCUCAGCAGGGAACACUGCGAUGCCCUGAGCCGGGCAGAUCUUUCCAGCCCCAGCAAAGUGAAAGCCUGCAUUGCUGCAGCAGAGGCUUUAUCUGGCUGCAUGAACAUCCAGAUACAGCCCGGUUACCGGAAAAUGCAGUCUGUGGCUGAGCAACUAAUCAUGUUUGAAACACUCAAGCAGAACUUUGAAAACGCUUUCAUCGGUCACAUUACAAGCAUCUUCGAGCUGCAGGGUAAUGCUCAGGUCCCUGCUCUUGGUCAACCCAUUGACAAGUUAUCUGCACCAAGCCAUGGACACCACCAUAAAGAACUGGUGCCCUACACCCCGCUCAUGGCCUGGCUGAGGAACGCCAACCCAGUCCUGUUCUGUGAUCUCCCCAAGGUCUAUGCCCAGAACCUCAGCAGACUCUACGACCGGGAAAUCAAAGCCUUUUUUGAACAAGCCAAAACCUUCUUGUUGGGAAGAAGAAAAGGAAGUCUUCAGGAAAGCUUAGAGAAGCCGAUGGCGAUGGGGAGCAGGCAGCAGUCCCGAUGGAGUCUCCCUGGGGGCAGAGAAGGUCAGGAGGACACACUGGACAAAGGCAACGUCAUCAAGCAGAUGUUGGAGCAGGUGCUGAGAGAGCUGCAACCCCUUUGCACCGUGGAGCAGCAGUUCAUUGAGCAAUUCUUCCAGCUAAGCCAGGGUGCUGCAGACCUGCAGGUGCCGGAGGCAUCUGCCACUAAGGGAGGAGAGAGCAUGGCAUCUCCAGAGGACCCUCCUUGCACCAAGCCUCGGAGCCAACUAGAAGAACCUACAACCCGACUGCUAAGUGAGAUCUUCGGUUGCCUGGAAUCGGAGCUGAGAGGAUUUCUAGAUGUCUGCAAUAAGGUCCACCCGUUCAGCUGCUUGCAGGUCCUGGUUACCUUGAGCGACUCCAUCUUUGAGAUGUGGGGCUCUUCCUCAGCCCUCCCCUCGUCCUUCCUCAACACUCUCCUGGGCAACAUGCUGCUCCUGGCCAAGAGCAGCUUCAACAAAAGCAUUGGGACCUUGUGCAAAGAGAUCGAGGAGGCAAAGAUGCCCAGCAAGAUGAAAGGUGGGAUCCUGCCCUCCGUGAGCCGCUUUGAGGAGUUUGUGAACUUGUCGGAGGAGGUGUUCAGGACAGCUCGGCGGAGAGGGGAGCUGGACAAAGCACAUCUCAGGCUGGCCGGCAGCGUCUUCAGCAGCAUCAACAGUCUGUCCUCAGCAAACCUGAAGGUGAACACAGAUAUGGUCAUGAUGGAAAAUUUCCACCACAUUCACUGCUUCUUGUGCAAAAAGAAGAUCCACUGCCUGGAAGGCAAGAAGAGAGAAGCCAAGCAGAGGUAUAGUGAGCACAUGGAGAAAUAUGUCAUCAAGUACCUGGGCCAACCACUGGAGAAGCUCAAUCACUUCUUUGAAGGAGUGAAAGCCCGUGUGGCUCAAGGGGUGAAAGAAGAAGAGGUCAGCUUUCAGCUGGCCUACAGCAAGCAAGAGCUGAGGAAGGUCAUUGAAAAAUACCCUGGCAAGGAAGUGAAAAGAGCCCUUGAGACCCUCUACAGGAAAAUCCACAAGUAUCUCUCCCCAGAGGAAAACCUUUUGCCGGUGGUGUGGCACGCUAUGGAGCAGGAGUUCAUACGUCAGUACCAAGAGUUUGAGGAUCUGAUCCAACGCUGUUAUGCAGGGUCAGGGAUUGCCAUGGACUUCACCAUGGAGGACUUGCUGAGCUACUUCAACUCCAUCACUCUGUCCAACAUGUAGAGGCGACCCUCUCUGGAUGUCUGUUGGGAGCAGCUCAGGAACCCUUGUCUGCAGCUACAUCUUUAAAGAGCUAAGCUCAAAACUCUUCCCAAGCUGAAGUUUGAAAUACGGGGGUCCCAUCCUGACCUUAAUGCCAAAGUACCUCUGACUUCUCGGUCUUAGGCUAGAUCUCCCUUGGGGAAGUGGAGUUCUCAGACCCAAACCACAGCUUCCCUACUCCAAGAAACCAUUAUGCAGCUAGUAAAAAAAAACCCUCCCAAACCUCAAAUUUCUGCCAAAGUGGGUGCCAGUGCUGUACCUCUUCAGCAGACCACCGGAUGAACAGGCAUCUUCUCUCCAAGAACUCUCUCCCUUUUAUCUACUGUCAGAUUUCAUGGUGAACCUGUGCUAAAGCAAGAGGGUUCACUAGAGACAGAUGAAAGUUCAGAGUUAUUAAUAUAAAAAGUUUUAUUGCUUAUAGCUAAGAAAGGAUUUACUUGCCGGUAAACUGGAGUGGAGCAAAGUUCUAAAGACCCAAACUGAUCUCUCGGGGGGUUGCCUGUUCUUACCCCAUUUUCUUAUGAAGCAUCCUAUAGCAACGUCACAACUCACUAAUAUAUUUUGGUUGUUGAAAAUGUGGCCUCUGUAUCUUGUGAUGAUAAUCAUAGGGCUAACAUGCUUUCCAUUAUAA